AAUGGGCGAAACUAAUUAUUGCUAAUUUAUACCUAUUUUUCUGUGAUUCAUUUACCAAAUUGAACUGGAUAUCUUAUAUGCAUACUGUCAAUCAUUCCAACAAGUUGACUUAGCGCUGAGUCACUUUCCAUCCAUUGCCAUCAAAAGUCUAAAACUCAAGUUUGAAGCCAACAUUUAGUGGAAUAAAAGUGAGCCGAGAUAAGGUACUCUUGCUCAUGAACAUAGGAUCUAUUCCCAAUCUCGCAACUUUGUAACCUGCAGCAGCAUGUUGUUAUGACUGUUUCUACUUCUGUUCAGAAGGCAACCCAGCCGAGAAGAUCCCCAUUUAUGUAUGAGCUUGCUCCAGCCUCUCGUAUUUCUACAAAACCUAACCGUGGUGUUGAAUAUGUAAAAUUUUUGAUAAUGACUGAGAAGUUGCUGCCCAGAGGACAGAAGCAGAAGAGACGUUGCCGUACAUCAUAGUUCGUGGAUCUUCUUUUUUGGUCAACAUUCCGGUCAACAUUUGGUCUUAUUGCGGAUGCAGAUAUGACAUACUUUCUUGCCAGAAGCCGUUCUUUAGUGGACAGUCGAAUUGGUUUAAUCCAAAAUCUUCAAAAAUAUUUGUAACCUCCUUGAGAUCGCAAUUCGACGGCCAAUGUCUAUAUCUAAUAUCUUUAUGGGAUUGUAUGGUCCUAGCAUUGAGAUCCUUGAGCGUUCGCUGGCCAUGACAGAAGACUUCCACCAACGUUCUGUUCCAUCCUUAUCCUCGCGACGUCCACUCAUCUAGCUUCAUUUCUUCUUAUGCUGCUACACUACUUUUCUUGCUUCACUGACGAGUUGGAUCACUUCAGUAGUCGCUUCCGUCCGCUGUGACUGUAGUCAUUCACCACGGGAUUAUGCAUUGCCCAGCAUUAAACUGCAAGGAACUCCAUCAGCAGCUCUAAGAAGAUCUAGCCGGACUAAAUUACCCAUCAGCCCAUCUCCAAACGACGUGUCACUUUCCGCAGGACGUACCACGCGAUCACAGAUCAAUCCUGACAUAAUCGCAAAGCAAAAGUCUUUCAUGCAUAAAUACCAAAUUGCUGUCAAAAGCUCUAUGGACUCGUAUGUUCGAAGUGCAACUAGCGAAGUUGAACAGGUUAAAGUGGAAACACAAGCCACAAAGCGCAAAUGGGAGGAUACAGGAGGGACAGAUGCCGUGCAUUCUCCUCAUAGUUCUCCAAUUCAAGAGAAAAGAAACAAAAAAUCAAUAACAAGCACUCCAUCAACAGCAAGUACCCCAUCGACCAAAGUUGGUAGCCAUUUCAUGGAAUUGCAAAGCAAGACAUUUACGCGCCAUGACACUUUUUGCUGGGUGUGUCAUAUGGAUGGCCAGGUAUUGGAAUGCAGACAGUGCCCGCGUGUGUUUCAUCAACGAUGCGUUCAACUUCAGUCCCGAAUUCCGACUGAUUGGACAUGUACGGAAUGUUGCUCUGUUCGCAAUGCCGAAAAACAUAACCAUCUCGAAAUGGACCAGUUAACUGAAAUGCUCAACUUCGCUAUGGAGCGAAUCAAGUCGGUGGCUGACGAGCAACCUUUCUUUAAACCUGUUGACACGGAAGAAUUCCCGCACUACACCGAGUAUAUUGUUAGUCCGGUGGAUAUCAGCCAGCUGGAGGAAAAGAUUGUUCAAAGAUCUUACACUUCCACUAGAGCUUUCCUGGCUGAUUUCCGCUGGAUCUUGCACAAUUGCAUAAUCUUUAAUUCGUCUCACUCAAAAUUGACUAGCACGGCAAGAACGUUGAUGAAGGUGUGUAAACAUGAAAUGGCUGAGAUUGAUACUUGUGCCGAUUGCUAUGUGCAUGCUCACACCAAACGAGAAACCUGGUUCCUGGAACCGUGUCAAAGGCCUCAUUUACUGCUCUGGGCCAAACUCAAAGGGUUUCCUCAUUGGCCGGCUAAAGCGAUGAAAGCAAAUAAAGAAGGCAAUGUGGACGUGCGCUUUUUCGGUGCACACGAUCGAGCUUGGGUGCCCGCUAAAGAUUGUUUUUUGUACAGCCGCGAAAUGCCUAUGCAGUUAAAAAAUCAGCGCAAAGCAAAUUUGAUUGCUUCAGUUGAAGAAGUUGACCAACACAUCAAAAAGCUUGUUGAGCGCUACGGUUCUUUCGCUUACCCCUCGCCACGUACGGCUUACAACCCAAAUAAGGAGGACGAGCAAUUACAACAACUUAUUCCUGGUUAUAAAGUAUCAGAACACUCACAAAGCUCACUAUGCAAGUCUGGCCGAGUUGGGGAGUCUGGUGAAGCGGAAUCGAUGAAUUCUGAUUCAGAUGCAGGAGAUGCUGCCGAUAACGACCUGAUUCCUCAAGCUAACCUGCCUGAAGGUGAUCGUACAGAAGAAAAUCGUUCUGAAGGUCGAAACUUCUUGGCCAUGUUACAACUUGCACCUCGAACUGCUGCCGAAGCUGCCACGCCAAGAACAGCUACUCCCACUUCAACAUCCGCAUCACCGACCCCGAGUCAGAAUAUGGCUCCUGUUUCAGUCUCUAAACAACCAACGCCCAAUACGACAUCGACUGCUGCCGUAAAAGUUAAAAAUAGCAAAACUGGACGUGUUGCCAACACUAAAACGAAUUGCGGCGAAACAGUUGAAGAUGUGCUCACCAAAAAUGCAGGUGCGCCUGCGAACGAUAACAGUAUCAAUGAAGCUGCUUGUGAAAUCAUCAAAUUAACCAAACCUCAACUAGCUUCGCCGUCACGAAGAUCCUCGACAUCGAAAGAGAUCCCUGCUGUGAAAACGGAACCUGCAGAUCCUGAAGACGAAGAUGAUUCCUGUUCCGUGACGGGAUCCAAGGCUUGUUCAAUUUCCCUAGCCAUCGAUAACGUUGUCGGAAACUACAAGCCUACAGUGGUUGUGAAACCCAAACCUGAAGCAUCAACGAAAUCUACUCCAAAGUCUGUCGGAAAAUCUACCUCUUCCAAACCAUCGGGUUCUAAACCAUCGACUCAAAAGCUUCUGGCCAGAUCCACACCUAAGACUACUCCAAAUCGACCUUCGGGUGGGAAAAUUAUUUCUGCCUCGAAAAUGAAUGCUAAGGCGAAUCGUCGUCUGGUUGGUGAUGACGAGGAUGAAGAUCUCGACCCGGCAAUGUACCUGGAUCCCACGACCUCAAUAACUCUGAUUAAUAACGAUGAGAAGAAAGCAGUGAGCAAACACGUCAAUGAUGUUUCGAGUGCUAGUUCUAUUAGUUCCAGCGACCUUCAGGCCUUGAAUGCUCUGGGAGAGAAUGUGUCCAUCACAGUUGUGCCUAAAAGAAAAGUGGGAUCAACACCAGCAGGCGGUGCUAGAUCUAAGGAGAACGAGGCUGUAGACCAACCUAUGGUGAUCGAAGUGGAUCCAGCCGCUCUUCAAAAAGCUAGACUACCAACUCAACCAGCAAAAGCGCGCAAGUCCUGUCCUGCCAAAGCACGCCAAUUUGGCCAUCCAGGACAACCUUCAUCGCAAAAAUCCUCUCAGAAACAUCCCGUACCUCCUAUGGUGUCGAUUCCCAGUCGUCACUUGGGUAUGGAGAUCGCCCGACCAACAACUCAGCAAUCGACUUCAACUCGCAUUCCUUCAAUUACCGUCCGACCUGUGACGCAGAUGCCUGCAGCCCAACCUAGCAUCAUUCUUCAGCCAGGUUCUUCUGAUACAGCAUCCAUCAGUGUGAUUACUGCUGCCAUGAAACAACCGAAUUCAACAUCAGCGACGACAGCCAAUAGUACCGGCAGUAGUACUCUUACUCUGAACACGAUGCAUACUGUUGGUCCGGAAUCGGGAUUUGGGACUGGCGGACUUUUGCUCACCUUUAAUCGCUCUGCGCCCACGUUUGCAGCAACAGGUGCGAAUUCCACUUCGUCUUCAGCUCAGGUGCAAAACAAAGCUGAAUGUGGACCGCUUACCGCCCAGUUGGCCUCCAGGACACAGCAAAUUUCAGAUAUGGUCCGCAACACCUUGGAGACAUUGAUGCAAGAAAUGAGUUCUGCUGGGAAUUUGGAAGCCACAAUUGUUCAAUUACAAAUGGACUUAGAACGAUGUCGCUCGUUACACCAGCAAGAAAUUUUGGAAAUGAAGAAAACCCUGGAAAUUCAGCAAACUUCUGCGGAAUCGGACGGACGGUCGGGAGCCUUGGGUAACGUACAAACAUUCGCCGGCUGAAGCGAAUCGUCUGUAUACAGUCCUAACGGCAAUCUCUGUAGAAUUUCCUCUUCCAAAUGAAGAAAUGAUACAAGCCAAGAGAUUAACGUUUCGGCAUUUACUUUGCCUGGAUUUUGAUUUUAGGGUUGAGCCGAAUGGCUUUGCUGACCAUGUGUGAUUAAAAUGUUAAUGUGAUAUUAUGAAAUUAUGUGCUCUUACCCCAGGCGAAUUUUCAACAACCAAUACAGAAAGAUUUUAUCUAAUCUUUGACUGAACUGGAAACUGAAUCGUAUUUUGUAUCGCAUUUAACAAUUAUUAAUUUUCAUCCAUCGAAAUGUAGAUUUUUUACAAAAAAAUGCAACAGUCAACCCUUUCACAACUUUCCCGAUGCAGCGCUUUUUUUGCCUUUGAAACGUACUACGUAUGCUCAAUUGAAAAUGAUAAUCGUAAGGUAUUACUAUUACAUUAAGUAAAUACCUCUGAACAAUAGUCUCUUCCUAGUUUAGAUGGCCUUUUUCACGUUGAGAAGUCUUGAGAUUGUUGUUAAAGGAGUAAAUUUAUUGCAGGUUACACGUUGAGCAGUUAUAAAAAAAUGAUACAUGUAGCAUAGUGUGAUCUUUAACUGCUUCAAACACGUUAAAAAUGUUGAUAGAUCGUUUUUCAGCCUUUCCACUCUAUUUAACAUGUAAGAUUGAUUAUUUUUUCGAAUAAUAAUUUCUCUUUUACACUUGAAUCUUGAUAGUCGGAUGACGUUGAGCUGUUAAGGGGUCGAAAGCAAUCCAUCCGUUCCGUCCAGUCGCAUGAAUGCAAAGGUAUGUAGGCUGUCACUAGGUGGCUAAAAUUGUGUCUGCUAGUGAGGACACACUGACACUGCGAGUGUCUUCGUUACUCAAGACGAAAUGUACACUAAAAGGCCUUAGGCACUGAUAUGGUUAACCUCUGAAUUUAAAUGGAUUGGAAUAGUUAUUUCGAGAAUUAAUCGCAGCGGGAAAUUUAGGUCACUAAAUAGGUGACACUAAAUGGGAGAUUAAGAUAUCGUGUUUAUUCAUACUGGUCUUAUAUGAGACACAGUAUCAAUGACGUCUUUUUGUGCUCUUAUCAAUUUUUCAUAUGUAUUCAGGGGAUAAUAAAAUACAAAAUGGGUAAAUUCAA